AUGCAUGCUGAACAUGCUGGCAUGAAGCCCCUAUCAAAAGACUUCAAACCCUCCGACGAUGAUGUGAUCUGUGCGCGAGGGAAGGAGGUUUACAACCAUGAAGGCAAUCGUCGCUUCCGUACGUUAGUAAAGACGCACCUCCAAACAUACAGUUCCUGUGUGACAAAGAUACAAAAGUCCCGUCUUGUGAACUUUAUCGUUGGAUCGGUCAGGCAAGCUUCCCCUAACGGAGGCUUUGUGAAAAGGAUUGGUAGACGAUGGUUUCUUGUCUCUGAUAGACAUGCCAGAGAAAAGUGCGGACAAACAAUGCGAGAUUUACUCCAUUCACGCUAUUCUAGCAGCACCAAAGCCAAGGCACGACAGAGGCAGCUGAAUCGCGAAGUUCAACGUGGAGAAAGCGAUGGGUUCGAGGACUUGGCCACACAGGCGCGCCUAGCGAGGACUGGCAGCCAAACCCUGUCGUCACUAAGGUCACUCAGCCAGCCACUAAAGAUUCAUCGUUCACAGUCGAGCCCGGUGCGCCGAAGGACCUGCAUUAUCGGCGACCGAAGCAAGGCUGUGAAGGAAAUGAUCUCUUCCAUGUCCUCCAACUUGACACAUCCUGAGGAAAGCACUUUGACACAACCCUCGUUCCGAUUUGCACAUUCGAUUUCAGUCCUCCCGAUGGUGUCUCCCACCUCGUCGACUGUUCUUGCUAGCUCGGCGAAUUCUAUGGAUCGGUGUACGAGAGAUCCUUUUGAUGAUCUGUUUGGAAGAAGUGACUCUAACAACACGAGACAACUACCGCUGCAAUAUCCCAAGGGUCUCUUUAGUAGUUUUUUUGAAAACGAAUCCGAUUCCCUAAGUGAUGACUUAUCAUUGACUAUGGAUGACCUGGAUGAUUUGCAACCACUACCACUUGAGGAAUCGAGCCAUGAAUUCAACUUUGAGCAUUCCGCGAGCACUCAGGUGUCUGCCGAGUCUUUCAGCCAUGCAGUGGAUACGCUCUUUGAGUGUUUGCACAUUGGCAGUCGAGGAUCUCUUACUCGAUGCGGCGCCGGCAGGAACAAGGGACUAUAG